UCAAUGGUUACUUAUUAGUUCAUGUAUCAUUAUCACUAUCAUUACCAUUAACCUCGAUAUUCUCAAUUGAAUUCCAUUUGGUAUAUUUAUUCCACUCAUACCGACAUUCUCCAAACCCUUAAUUCACUCUAAUAUUGUAUCAUUCCAUUCAAUUGGUGCUCUUUGUCGCAACGGACACAGUUCAUAAUUUACAACUACAACGAUCCGCAUCCUACGAAGCUUACUCCCCAAAACGAGCAACUUGCUACUCCCUCCUUGACCUUGCUCACGAAGACUUCAAGAGAAUCGAGAAAGAAACUUAAAAUUGUCGAUUUAUAACACAUCUUCCUCCCUUCCUUUCUAGGUACCCGGUAAUUAAACAACAUACACCCUUUGAUUUUCCCCAAUUAGCCUUGUCUGUCAAGACUGCUUUGGGGGUAACCUUACCAACUACCACCGACCUACCCAUCUACCUUACAUAUCAUCCUGCAUUCGGCCCACACACCCGCGGCCCUGCUUUCUGCUGACUGUCGAUCUAUCAAACUCGACAUCCAGCAACCUACCAUUUUCAUUCUAUGCCGACACUCGGUUUUCUGAAGAAGAAACGGACGAAGGAGUCUCCGGCCAUAACCUCUCCAACAUCUAGUCAAGCCACAACCAGUCCGACAACCCCCACAUCAUCAAGAGGCUUCGAUAAUUCGAUAGCUUCUGUCUCGACCCAAUCGACUUUACCCCAAUCCCACGAGCACGAGGUUCUCCAAACUACAACCUCUCGCACAACCGACGACCAACCGACUGCCGUGGCCAAAAAAGCCUCAAUGACACACGGAAUAACUCCACAGCAGCAAUCUGCGCAAAUCCAUUCUGAUCAACAGCAGCACCGUCAAAACUCUCCCAGUAUUAGCAACUUGAUCCAUCCACCACAGCAUGACGGCGCGAGCCAGUCAUAUCCAACCCCACCAGCUUCUUCACAACCUUCACUACAUCCGGUAGCUGCUAACACCAGCACACUUCAAAUGGACUCCUCACAGCGACAAUCGCAGCAAUCACAACAGCAGCCACAGAUUAGACAAACCAAGGGCAAAUAUUCUUUGACAGACUUUGAUAUUCAGCGCACAUUGGGCACGGGAAGUUUUGGUCGAGUUCAUCUAGUUCGAUCAAAGCACAAUCAGCGAUACUAUGCCGUCAAAGUAUUGAAGAAGGCGCAGGUGCACAAGAUGAAGCAGGUCGAACAUACCAAUGAUGAGAGAAAGAUGUUGCAAGAAGUCAAGCAUCCAUUCCUCAUUACUCUAUGGGGUACCUUUCAAGACUCGAAGAAUCUAUACAUGGUGAUGGAUUUUGUAGAGGGGGGUGAACUAUUCUCUUUACUGCGAAAGUCACAACGAUUCCCCAAUCCAGUAGCCAAAUUCUAUGCUGCUGAAGUUACAUUGGCUCUAGAAUACCUUCAUUCAAAACAUAUCAUUUAUCGAGACUUGAAACCAGAGAAUUUACUACUUGAUAGGCACGGACAUCUCAAGAUUACUGACUUUGGAUUCGCAAAGAAAGUCCCAGAUAUUACAUGGACAUUGUGUGGUACCCCAGAUUACUUAGCACCAGAAGUAGUCUCGAGUAAAGGUUAUAAUAAAUCCGUAGAUUGGUGGUCCCUUGGUAUAUUAAUUUUCGAAAUGCUUUGUGGUUUUACACCAUUUUGGGAUGGUGGCUCUCCCAUGAAAAUCUAUGAGAAUAUUCUUAAAGGGAGGGUCAAGUAUCCUCCAUAUAUUCACCCAGAUGCACAGGACUUGUUGCAAAGAUUGAUCACAGCAGAUCUCACCAAGCGUCUUGGUAACUUACAUGGUGGUUCUGAGGAUGUCAAAAAUCAUCAAUGGUUCGCUGAAGUAACUUGGGAAAGGUUAUCCAAGAAGGAUAUCGAUGCACCUUAUGUUCCUCCGGUCAAGGCUGGAGUUGGAGAUGCCAGCCAGUUUGAUAAGUACCCUGAAGAAACGGAGAUAUAUGGUCAAGGUGGGCCCGAUGAAUUUGGGCACCUAUUUGUGGAUUUUUAAACAAAAGUUUUAUACUCGGAGUCUCGGGGCUAGGCUACUUGUUCAAGAAGACUAUAUUUCUUUUGUACUUUGCAGUUUAAACUAUUCUUCUGCACAUAUAUUACAGUACGGGCAAGAUAACCUUACGUCACAUCAUCUCUUUUUGUUUCACAGGCAUUGGAUUGGAAUAUUAGGUGGUUUACUCUGGCUUGUUCACAGCUCUUUGGUGAUGGGUGGGGUGGCGGUAAGGUGUUGGUAUGGUUGGUAUCGUACGAUGGGACGGACGUGGAUUUUAGUCGACAAGUUUUUUUGGCACUAGGGACGUGAUGACAUUCAUGUUCGAGAAAGAGGUAUAGUUAUCAAUAUGCAUGGAUGGAUGGAUGGAUAACACAACGAUGUUCAUGCCCCGUUGUAUGGAAUGAAAUGAAACUAAAACGGGUGUGUAUGGUAUGAAUGAUGGAACUUGAGAUAUUAGUUAUGUGUUCGAAGGGAAUUGAUGGUGCGGAGGAAGGGAAGGAAAAAAAAAGGAAGGAUCAUAAAUCCGAUUCGUAUUAGUGAGAAUAGGAUAUUAUAUUCUUCUGGGG